AUGCGUGGCAGUUGUGGGUUCGGUAAGAGUGUGGUUGGGGAGGGUUUAGUGUUGGCAAGGGUGCUGUCAUUUGUUGAUGAUAAGUUGCAUCUAUCUCCGGCGUCUGGAGAGUUGUAUCACAGCGCAUGUAUCUUGGUGGAUGACGACACGAAGGAGAGCACGCCCGUGUCGUUUGUUGUCUUGAUGCCUGAGGCGUUUGCCGAGAGUGACGGAGUGGGUCUUAGGGAGUCUGUGACUAGCACGGAUAUGCUUCGUAUGGAGACUUCAUCAUUUGAGCGGAAGGUAUCGGAGGAGCAAUUAUUUUACCAAGCUAAACGUAUUUGGCUGGAUGUAGGCGAUAAGAAUACGGAGUUGUUGCACUUUAUCGUGGAUCGUGCAGUACUAGAGCUCGAUGCUGAUGCGCAUGAGAGUGGUUAUUUCAAACGUAAUUCUGCGAUUCCGAGGGCACAUGAGGUUACUGGUGCGCAAAAGGGUGCUCUGGCAGCUGACAUUGCAACCCUGCAGUCACCUGAUUUUGCCCGACGCAUGCGAUCGUACUACGUUGGUACCAGACUUCAUGACUUCUUCUCCUGCCUCUUCGCACCCGGAAAUCCCGAGCCAAAGUCCAAGGACGAUUUCAUGAAUCGGAUACUACAUCUCACGGACAUCAAACUCAGUCGACUUCCCUGCACAUGGCUCGCUGGCUCCCCCUACUACCAGUACGGAAUGACAUCCACUAGCCCUGUCAAAAAAUCAGAUGGCUCCAAACUACCGGAAGACCACAAGCACUUCUUCGGCGUAGGCACCGCACACCUCGGCGGAGCCAUAGACGACCAAACCGGCAAGAUCGCUGUCCCUGGCAAUGCGAAGUGA